GUCGCCGUGCUGUCUAGAUAUGUAUUUCCUGGUUCCCCUGCUGGGAGAUAUUUGUCCCGUUCCGUGUAACGCCGCAGGGAGCCAUGGCGGAGGCCCGGUGCCCGGCCGAGGGGGAGGAAUAGCGGAGCCCGACAGCGGAGGCGAUGCGGACAACUUUGUGGUGGAGGUUGGUGAAGUUCUCCGUCGCUUCAGCUGUUCUCGUCCUGUCCGCUCACCUCCUGCUGAGCCCCGGCAGCCGACGCUCCACGGAGCCGCCCACGCUGUCCGCGGGGGAGUACCGGCUCCUCUCCCCGGACUCCUACCACUACCUCCUGAACCAACCCGCCGUGUGCCGGGACAGAAGCCCCUUCCUGGUGUUCCUGGUCCCGGUGGGCCCUCAGGAGGCGGGAGCCCGGGAGGCCGUGAGGAGGACAUGGGGCGGCUCGGCCCGGGACACCGUCACCCUGUUCUUCACGGGGCUCCCGGAGGGGGACCCGGGGUCGGCGGUCCAGGAGGAGCUGGAGGAGGAGAGCAGGCAACAGGCGGACAUCAUCCAGAUGAACUUCGUGGAUAGUUACCACAACCUGACCAUCAAGACCGUGCUGAUGAUGCGGUGGCUGGCCACGCACUGCCCCGCGGCUUCCUACGCCAUGAAGGUGGACGCGGACAUCUUCGUCAACGUAUUCCAGCUGCUGGACCGCCUGAGGAGCUCCCCCCGCCGGGGCUUCAUCACCGGCUCGGUCAUCCGGGACGGCAGGCCGAGGAGGGACCCCAGCAGCAAGUGGUAUCUGUCCGAGGAGCUGUACCCCGAGGACAGCUUCCCUCCCUACGUGUCCGGGGCCGGGUACGUGUUCUCCGCCGAGCUGGCCUCCAGGAUCUCCUGGGCCUCCAGGUCCGUCCGGGUCAUCCCGCUGGAGGACGUGUAUGUGGGCUUGUGUCUGCGGGUGCUGGGGGUCCGGCCGGUGUACUCCUACAGCCUGCCCUCCUUCAGGAACCUGUUCGAGAUCCGCAGCCUGCAGUACGACAGGUGCACCUUCAGCAGACUGGUCCUGGUCAACGGGUUCAGGCCUCAGGAGCUGCUGCAGGCCUGGGAGGACUUCUCCAGAGGUCACCACAGCUGCUGACCGGUUUAUACAUCUGCUGACCGGUUCAUAUAGGAAAGGAAGCCAUUAGAACCAAAGACGUGUUUAGGGUUUGGAGAGAGCAGUUCUACUGAAGUCAGCUCUUCUCUGGAGUUGAGGUCAAUCAGCUGAUUAGUUGAUGAACAGAAACAUCUCAGCGGUUCUGAUCAUCCACUAGUCACUCCUCUGAUGGUGUCUCCUGCAGUAAUGCUCCAUCAGAUGUCUGAAAAUGAAACAGGCAGAUAAUAGCAGCUUUAUUUUCAUUAUUGAUGAGUCUGUGGAUUGGUUUCUGUUAGUUAAUUGAUUCAUUUUUGUGCAAAAAGUGCAAAAUUAUUCACUUCAGUCACAUAGAAGCAGCAACUACAGUUCAGAAGCUGAAAAUACAGAAAUGCACGACUAAUCAAUUACCAAAUAUCUUAAAUUUAUUUUGAUUGCUACAACAGACCUUUUAUUUAAAAAAAUGUCACUUUAUACAGAUUUAAAAGAAUGUAGUUAUGACAGAAGUAUUAUGAUAAUCGAUAAUUGAAGUCAUUUUAAAUGCAAAAGUCUCAAACAUUUGAUGGAUUCACUUUCUGAAAUGUGACUGAAUCUCAUUGAGAAAAAGAAUCUUCAGAUGAAUCGAUAAUUAAAAUAAAUGAAAGGUGCCUGAUUUUAGGGUUGAUUUCUCUUUCCAAAAUAAUGUACUUUAAAUAGAGCGAACAACGAAUACAAAACGAAUCAAAAAUAUGAAUAAUGGUCGAUUGUUUUCUCAGUUGAUUAAUCAAAUGCCAGAAAGGGAGAAAAGCCACCAGUUUCCCAGAGUUUGAAGUGACAGCUUCCACUGUUCGGUGCUGCUGAAAUCCCCAGACUUAUUUUUGCUUUUGGAAUGAGUAAUUAAUAGAGAAAAGACUUGUUAGUUGCAGCCCUGCUUGUAUUAACCGAUCACUGUGUUCUCCAAAGAUCUGUCUUCAUACACCACCGUUCAAAAGUCUGGGGUCACUUAGAAAUGUCCUUAUUUUUGAAAAUCAGGACUAAUGGUGUUGAAAACCUCGUUGGUGAUUAGAAAACCCUUGUGCAGUUAUGUUGGCACAUGAAUAAACGUGUGAGUUUUCAUGGAAAACAUGGAAUUGUCUGGAUGAUCUCACACUUUGACCGGAAGUGUAGAUGUAUUUGCUUAGUUUCUAUAUGUUUUUCUGUGCCUCUAAACCACCCGUUAAGCCUCAAACCGAUAAUUGGUCUUUCUUUCAUUUUCUGUAUCCGAAUAACCAGAUUGUACGUUCCAGUUAGGAAGCAAUAGUCCAUUAACUCUUUAAAGGAGUCUCUUUAUUUUUGGGAAGUCGAGGUGCUUGAGCUUCUUCCUGCUGUAGGUCUGACCUGCCACUUUCUGCUUUAUACCAAAGACUUUUUGAAGAGUGUUCUUCAGUUGGUGCCUGACGUGUUGAGGUCCAUGUGCCUUUACCCAGCAACAUACUGGGCCUUAUGCAAAAACAUUUUUCUAUCCUUGGAACCCUGUGACUUCCUCCUCUGAGGUUAUGUGACUCCAGGUUAGACUCACCAGACUGUCUGAACUGGACGUUGUUGUAAGUUGCUGUACGGGCCUGAUGGGUUUAGUCUGUUCAUGACUUUUUUGACAGGCCUAGCUUCCUUCUUCCUGUAGAGACAGUCUGAUGAAGGCCACAGAUUCCUGUUAAUCCACUGCUAUGCUGCACUGAACUCCAUAUUUGUUUGUAGGAGUGGUUCUUGCAUGAGACUCAGUAUGAUAGAAGAUUUAAAAUCUCAGCUGUUGCACUGCUGCUUUUCAUUAGAAUCUAGACUUUCUACCAGAACCUGCUGCUUGUUAGUCGGAUUACUGUGCCUGUUCAUGGACAGAAUGAACCUCGUGACACUGUGCCUAUUUCUGUAUGUGCUGUAGUUGUAGCUGACAGCCAGCAGGUGGCAGUAUGGAGCUGUGCUGCUGAUAGACCAUUACCUUCAACAGUCGUAUUUAUGAAGGAAAUAACUUUUGCUGUGUCCUGAGCACCAAAAUGCCUCAUAGAUUUAUACCUCGAUAAAAUCCUGGGUUUGCCUGUUCGGAAGCCUUUUUUUUUCCUGGAGUAGGGAAACUUGCUGUUGCUGUUUUAUUAUUGCUGCAAUCACUACAGCUGCUACUCCCUGGGCUUCAUUGGAGAGUUUUAUGCUUGAAUGAAAUGCUGUUUUCAGACUCAAUAAAAGCCUUGGAAAAAUA